AACGAGGUUAACCGGCACAGUGUCAGUUGAAAUUCAACAGUCAAGUAGCUGAUUCGUAGUUCACAGCUCAGCCGUAACAGACAAGAUGAGAGAAAUUGUUCAUAUGCAAGCCGGCCAAUGUGGCAACCAAAUUGGAGCAAAGUUUUGGGAAGUUAUUUCUGAUGAGCAUGGUAUUGACCCAACAGGUACUUACCAUGGUGAUUCUGAUUUACAGUUGGAAAGAAUCAAUGUUUAUUACAACGAAGCCACAGGAGGUAAAUAUGUACCCCGUGCGGUUCUGGUUGAUCUGGAACCAGGAACCAUGGACUCUGUUCGUUCCGGUCCAUUUGGUCAGAUCUUCCGACCAGAUAACUUUGUAUUUGGACAGUCUGGAGCUGGUAAUAACUGGGCUAAAGGUCAUUAUACAGAGGGAGCUGAGCUGGUGGAUUCCGUACUGGACGUCGUGAGGAAGGAGGCCGAGAGCUGUGACUGUCUCCAAGGUUUUCAACUCACACAUUCCCUAGGUGGAGGAACUGGUUCCGGUAUGGGAACUCUCCUCAUCAGUAAAAUCCGAGAAGAAUACCCAGAUAGAAUUAUGAACACAUUUUCCGUGGUACCAUCACCCAAGGUAUCUGAUACAGUUGUCGAACCUUACAACGCCACACUAUCUGUCCAUCAAUUGGUUGAAAAUACAGAUGAAACCUACUGUAUUGAUAAUGAGGCUCUCUACGAUAUCUGUUUCCGUACCUUGAAACUGACCACGCCUACAUACGGUGAUUUGAAUCAUCUGGUAUCGGCCACCAUGUCUGGAGUGACCACAUGUCUACGAUUCCCUGGUCAACUUAAUGCUGAUCUACGUAAACUUGCCGUCAAUAUGGUGCCCUUCCCACGUCUGCAUUUCUUUAUGCCUGGAUUCGCUCCCCUUACAUCACGAGGUAGUCAGCAGUACAGAGCUCUUACAGUGCCCGAGCUCACCCAGCAGAUGUUUGAUGCCAAGAACAUGAUGGCUGCCUGCGAUCCCCGUCAUGGUAGAUACUUGACAGUUGCUGCCAUGUUCAGAGGUCGUAUGUCCAUGAAGGAGGUUGAUGAACAGAUGUUGAACGUCCAGAACAAGAACAGCAGUUACUUCGUUGAAUGGAUCCCUAACAACGUGAAGACCGCCGUCUGCGAUAUCCCUCCCAGAGGUCUAAAGAUGUCUGCCACCUUCAUUGGCAACAGCACCGCUAUCCAAGAAUUGUUCAAGCGAAUUUCUGAACAGUUUACUGCUAUGUUCAGGCGAAAGGCUUUCCUCCAUUGGUAUACUGGUGAAGGUAUGGAUGAGAUGGAAUUUACCGAGGCCGAGUCCAACAUGAACGAUCUGGUCUCGGAAUAUCAACAAUACCAGGAUGCAACAGCUGAAGAAGAGGGAGAAUUUGACGAAGAAGAAGAUGAGGAAGCAGCUUAAAAUAUUGAAAUAACCAAAAACGUAAUUAAAAUCCAGCAAAAUGAACACGCAAUGUCAAAAUUUAUUUUCUUAAAAAUAUCCUUAUUUUGUUUUUUUUAUAUAUCAGAAUUUGGUUGUAUAAAAAACUGUCCAAAUUAUUUUUAAAAUUUGAAGCCAAAGUUAAACAAACUAUAAAUGAACCAAAGGACCAUGUUCUUGUUUGGUGUAAAAUUCCUUCCCGGGGCCAUUAUUAUGAAUGAAAAAUGAAUUCCACUAUAUUUUUUUUUUUAGCGUGAAUAUUAUCCCAGUAUUAUUUAUAUAUCGGCAUAAAUCCAUUUUAUUUUUGUUAUAAUCUUAAUCAACAUAUCUUGUUAUUCCUUUUUUUCAUGUUUUUCUUGCUCUCCCUUUUUUCAUGUUUUUCUUGCUCUCCCUUUAUUUUCCUCUCUUAUAAGUUCUUUAGACAAAUAGAACUCGUCAUUAAAAUUACCGUCUCCAUUUCUCAAUCUUAUGAUUUUUAUUGUUGACCAGGAGCCUUAUUCACAAAAACUUAACUAAAACAUUUUAAGGAUGCAGGCUUUUCAUUGGUUAAAAUUUAAAAUCGGUACAAAUUUUAGGUCUUGGCCAAUGAAAAGGAUUCAUUCUUAAGAUAAGUUUUAUUUUUUUGUGAAUAUGGCCACAGAAGUUUGGGUAUUUUUGUUGAACACUAAAAUGCAUUCAAUUUAUUUGCAUGAAUUGUCAAAUCUGCAAAAAAUGUUAAUGGUUUAUACACCAUAUAUUUGGUCCGAUCUGGUAUAGUAUAGCUGACAAAACUUUCAUAAAAAAAAAAAUAUUGUUCAUGUGGAGUUUUAUUUGUCUAAUGUUUACCUCGACUAUUUUCUAGCAUCUUAACUUUUAGAUCAUCUCUUGUUUUAUACCAUCAUAAGUUAUAAAUAUUACAUCUGGAUUGUGCUAUAUAAAGGUUGUUAUAUUGUCAAAUAUCUGAUUUUAUCCAAGGUUAGUGUCAAUGGGUCACAAUAUAAACAUUUUAUCCAAAUGCUUCAUAUAAUUUCAAUAUCAAAUAAAACAAUAAAAAUCGA